AUGGGCGGCGCAGUGCACAUCCGGAGACAGCUCGACGAACAGGAGGAGGCGGACGAACAGGCGCGGACGCACAAAUGGCUGAAGGAUAUCGGGCAGCACCCGGACGGCGAGGGCGGCGAAGGCGACGACUCAGAACCUCGAGGCCAAAAGAGGCGCGCGGAGGACGAGCUGGGUUCACCUCCCAGUAAGAGAACCAAGGUACGCCGUCUCCGGGGCGGGAACGACAACGAUGUGAGCGUAGGGCUGAGAAAACUCUUUGGCAGUCUCAACCCCUUUAGAAAGAGGCAGCCACCCGGCCCAAGAAACGACGGCUCUGCAACCGGCAGCACGAAAACCAACUGCUUCGUAAAUGGUGACUCUGACGGCGAGGGGCCGAGGAACCCCAACCCAACGAACAAGGACCCCGGCGGCGUGGACGGCGCGCCGACCCCGCCGCCCGAGGAACCUCUCCCGGAGAUCCCACCGCCCGUCAUCGUGAUGGAAAACCUGCGCGACACGUUCGGCGACGGAGAGGACGACAAGAGGGCCCGGCGCUACCGCGACUGGUUCGCGUCUCUCAUCGCCCUCACGGAGUCGACGCCAGGGUCCAUCAUUGGGCCGGGCUUCCUGGAGCGCUACGGGCAGAGGAAGAAGCUCGAGAAGCUGAAGACGGCGCUGGGGCACAUGUCCGUCAGGCCCUUUGAGAAGCGGCAGGCGACGCAGCGGAGGAUCAAGUCGCUCGAGGGCGGCAUGAAGCAGUGCGGGGAAGCGGCGGUGAAGCUCACGGAUACGGAGCUCGCGGCGGAGUGGGAGGUGGAGAAGAGGCAGGAGGGCCUGGAAGAGUGUUACGGGAAGAUGGACCGGGAUGCGGCGGCGCUGGAGAACCAGCAGAGGAAGCUGGCGUCGCAGGUGGCGUUGGAAGAAAAGAUCUUUGUCGGCGGCGUGGAGCACGGGGAUUGCUUCCUCAGCUGGAUCACCAAAACGAGAAACAACGUCUACUGGGAGCUCGGCUUUGCCGAUCGGACACGGGAGAAGCCGGAAAGAAUCAAGGUUGGCCGUCAAACGUAUUACUCGGUUUGA